AUGCCGUCUGUCAUUUCUCGAUUUUUUUUCCUAGCCGCGUCUGUGACGCCGGUAUUAGGCUUUUGCGGGUCACACACGCAUCUCGACCGAAGAGCAGAGGGAGAGGAGGUACCGAUCUCGACAUUUGGGUAUACCGGGUUGGUAGGACCUCUUCUCUGGACUCAGCUGGACACUGCCGCCAAUGGAUUAUGUUCGACGGGCAACAACCAGUCCCCAAUCAAUAUGGCUGAUGGACAAUUCACCCUCAUCCCGGCAUCCGACAUCGAGUUACACGUUCCAGACGUUACAGAAGGCGCAACCUUUGAGAACCUCGGGUCGACAGUGGAGGUUGUGAUGAAAGACGUCGGAGGGACAUUUGUCCUCGAGGGAAAGAACUACACAUUAGAGCAAUUUCAUUUCCAUCACCCCAGCGAACAUCUUGACGAUGGCGUCAGCAUGCCGAUGGAAAUGCACAUGGUAUUCACCACGGAGGAAGAGGAAAUUGCUGUGAUCGGUAUCUACGUCGACCUUGUAGACUCCCCGACAGUUCUUCAACUUCAUCUCCACCCCCGAAGAGCCCCAUCAACUCUACUCGAAACCAUCUUCUCUUCCAUCGGAGAAAUUGCCACCCCCGGUACCUCGACGAAGACUCAGCCUCUGGCUAUGUCGGAGUUGGUCACACAGCUGAAGGCGGGCAGCUUCCAACGGUAUUCCGGCUCCCUUACGACCCCUCCCUGUUCCGAGGGUGUCGCCUGGUCCGUAGCGACUGAAAAGCUUCGGUUGUCUAAGACGACUUUCCAGGCAGUACGAGAUGUUGUUGGAUUCAACUCGCGAUAUCCUCAGAACAACCUUGGUGAUCAGAACCUGCUUUCGAUGGCCUCAACCGUCGUGGCUCCCUCCGCGCCCGCGAAUUCCACAGUAGCCCGGAGACGAUGGGUCAGGUAA